AUGUCUUUCCUUCCAUCGCCCGUCUCCCCAGUGGAUGAGAAGUCCCUCAAUGAUCUUCCAAGUGGCUCCGAUGCGACCGUAAGCAAUACCACCAAUACCUCAGGUUGUCUCCAUGCCCUGGAACAGUUAGAGGUCCUUCCUAAGAUGCUCCAGGAGGGUAUUCUCUUUGCAGGAUCUGGUGCGACGCUGCUACUGCAAGCUGCCAUGCCUGGAAUCCGCGACGCAGGCCCCAAUAACGGUGGACACAAGGAGCUAGCAACAGAGCUCCUCGAUGCCCUCCAGGCCAAUAUCAGCUACAUCUCUUGCUUGGUCUUCGGUACCCGCGACGAGCGCAAGGCUCUCAUCGAUCUCCUACAGGACGGUAAGCCGCCCCUGCUGGGCAGCGGUCGUUCGAAUCGGUUCUCUGAGCAUCCACCGCUGCAGUUGUGGAUGGCGGCGACGGUGUACGCGACCGCGACCGAUUUCUACCAGCGUGUCUAUGGCCGCGUUGACUACGCCAGUGCCCAGCGUGCAUACAGCGAGUAUGCCUUGCUCAUGAACUGCCUAGGUGUCCCCGCCAAUAUCUGGCCGGAAUCCCGCCAGGCAUUCUGGGCUUACUGGGAUGAUCAGAUUCCUCGGUUGACUGUCUCGGAGGAUGCGGCUCUGUUUGCCAAGGAUCUCCGUGAAAGCAACGAUAUGCCGCGCUGGGUGCAGUCUUUGAAGCCUUUCUUGCAUGUGAUUACGACUGAGAUGCUGCCCCCACGUCUGCGUGAUGCCUACGGUUUGCGCUCGACGGUUACCACUCGAGCCCUUUACCGUACCUGGAUGGGCUUCUCGGUGGCUCUUUACCCGGCGAUGCCUGAUAAAUGGCGGGCAUACCCUUUGAAAUUCUACCAGAAUCGACUCAAGGAGAAGAUGAAUGUGAAUUAA